UGAAGAGAAACCCUAAACAAAAACCCUCUUUCUCCGAUUCCGGCAGCUUCCAAUCUCUCCCUCUUCAAUCUUCCGGCCCCAACCACAGGGUUUCUAAACAGUAGGCAAAAUGAGAUUGGAGAAGUGCUGGUUCUGCUCUUCGACAAUAUACCCAGGACAUGGGAUCCAGUUUGUCCGCAACGACGCCAAGAUUUUUCGGUUCUGUAGGUCAAAAUGCCACAAGAACUUCAAAAUGAAGAGGAACCCACGGAAAGUGAAAUGGACUAAAGCCUACAGAAGGUUGCAUGGAAAGGACAUGACACAGGAUAAAACCUUUGAGUUUGAGAGGAAGAGAAACAGGCCUGAAAGAUACGACAGGAAUAUGACAGAGAACACACUGAAGGCCAUCAAGAAGAUUGACAAGAUUAGAAGCGAAAGAGAAGCCAGACACAUCGAGAAGAGGAUGAAACCGAAGAAGCUCAAGGAGCACAAGGAGGCAGUGAAGGAGAUAGAACAGAGCAUAUCACUGGUCAAGGCGCCUGCUUCUCUCCUGAAACAACAGGAUCAGGUUUUGUCAAAGAUCAAAGUCCCGGUUUCUCAUCAAAUGGCAGAGGAACACAACGCCAUGGAAGAGUGAUCCUGUUCUUUUGCCCAACUUUCAAAAACUCUUACUCUUUUAUCCGUGUAUCCUAUAAAAGCAAACAAUUACACUCUAUUUGUAUUGUGGGGUAUCAAUGAAAAGACUGUGGCAUAAGUUAUUUGAUUGUA